UUUAUUUGUUUUCCUUUUUAACAUGGAAUUAAUGCACUCAAAUGUUACUGACUAUAAACUUGUGAAAUAAGCAUUUCAAGACAUCAUACAUUAUAAAAACAAUUUAUCAAAUAUUAUAAAACUCAUAUCUGUUAAGCAGUCAAAUAAAACGUCAAAUAUGUAUGAAACAGUUUCCAACAUAUAAAGUACCACAUUUUCUGAACUUAUUCUCAAGUGUACCAACAUUUCAUUUUCAUACAGAAAAAAUACAUUUAAUUAACCUAAAAACUGUAUUCAAAGAAAUAACCAUUACACAAUUACUGUUUAUGUAUUCACCUAUAGGUGAUCAUGUUAACAAAACAAUUCAUUGUCAAAUCUGGUCAAAACACAAUGUGUUCAACAGUUUCAACCACCAACAUGUUUAAAACAAAAUUUUGUAUUUAGGAGUUACAUAUUGCUGAUCACAAAAUGAUACAAUAUUUAAAGGUCUGUAAUCUAUUAAGUCACCAGGCAGCUUUGCCAUGUCAAAAUCUUUGGUUCUGAUGACAUUGAAGGAAAAAAGGUGUUCAUCAAAAUAUUUAACUCUUAAAACUCUCAGGAACAUAAGCGCACAUUCUCUUUCACUUUGGGGAAUAAUGUGUAUAACUUCACCAAAUAAUGGUUCUCCCCUUUCAUCUGCUUUUAAAGUCAGAACGCAUUCUGUCCUGUAUGUUGUCCCCAAAAAACUGAUAGUAUUAGCCACAUGGACUGAACUGGUAUAAGUGAGAGUCUCAAAAUGAGAGUCUGUCCUAAGUUUGUCAAGCAAUUUGUCACCUUUAUACAAAGAUGCAAUCACAACUGGGAAAGCAUUUGGCACAGUCAUUUCAAAAUUGAGUGGUGAGCUCAAUUUCCAGUGGUACAUUUGCUGAAUCUGAUGUUUAUGAGCCAGCGUUUUUGAAAUAUUUCGAAAGUUGCAUACUACUUGGGCAUGUCGCUUAAGAGGGUGAUGUUUGGCUUCAAACCUCAUAAACCACAACUUGGAAAGAGGUCCAAAUAAAGUCAUAAUACUCGAAUAAUGUGUCAUAUAAUGAUGUUUAGGAAUUAGAUUCCUACCAGGAUAAAGAAGCUUGAACUGUGUAUGUUGAUCUAUUAUUAGUUAUUUAAGAUAAGCUGCAAGCCCUUUUGACACAACAGGUGCAAAAAUGAUGCCACAUAUUUCACGCAACAACAGGAAAAGAUGCCAAUGUGGGCUCUUUGGAUCAAUUAAAUCACCCAACAGAAAAGGCAAGACUAGUAGUAAACACCACAUCUGUGAUGCAGUCUGCAGGUAGCAAUCCUCUCCCAGCAUUGCUACCUGUUCCAUUUGCCACAUGUUUACCAUAGCUCUCUCUGUCAGCGACGAGGGAUUUACAUGUCAUAAAUGUAGGGAAAUAGUCAGGCUGACAGAGAGAAUCUCAGAAUUAGAGACACGCAUCCAAACUUUAAUCGAGGAUAGUAAGAAUGCAAGGGCUUCAGAUACUGUUUUGGAUGCGACUAGCUUAGUGAACUCUGUACAUUGUUCGGUUCCGGCUGUAGAGCCCGCGCAGCAGGGCACUUGGGUAACGGUGAGGCGGCCUAGCCGCGGAAAACACCACUCUUCCGUUCCAAUAAGAACAUCAAACAGGUUCUCCCCACUCAGUGAUACACCCACUGAGAAUCCUGUUGAAAGUGCCCUAGUUAUUGGCGAUUCUAUUACACGGAACGUGAAAAUAGAGACACCAGCCACCAUAGUCACAUGUUUGCCGGGAGCCAGAGCACCUGACAUCAAAGCAAAUUUAAAAGUGCUGGCUAAUGCUAAUCGUAAAUACUCUAAGAUUAUUAUUCACGUCGGCACUAAUGAUGUUCGACUUCGCCAGUCGGAGAUCACUAAAAUUAACAUUAAAGAGGUGUGUGAACUCGCAAGUACAAUGUCAGGAGAAGUAAUUUGCUCUGGCCCCCUUCCUGUUCGUCGGAGUGAUGAGAUAGUUAGCAGAUUAUCAUCACUCAAUGGCUGGCUGUCUAAGUGGUGUCCGCAAAAUAAUAUAGGUUUCAUAGAUAAUUGGAAAAGUUUUUGGGGCAGACCUGACCUGUUAAAAAGAGAUGGUAUUCAUCCCUCCCGGGAUGGUGCUGCUCUUCUCUCUAGUAAUAUGGCACAUAGUCUUAGAACUGAAACAUGACAAACUGGGGCCCAGGUCAGAAAGCAGACAGACUGGCUAAACCGACCGUCUGCUAGCUGCCUCACGUUACAGAAGUCAGAAAAUUCAGAUAACUCUCAACACAUAGAAACUCUUACACCUAGAUAUUUUCAAAUAGAGACUGUGUCUGUACCCCGAAUUAGUAAAAACAAAAAACUUCCAAACCCAUUUAAUGGUAAAAAUUUAAUUGAUGUUCAACAAAUAAAAAAUAGAGAUAAUAAUGCUAAACAAAUGAUAAAACUCGGGUUGUUAAAUAUUAGAUCCCUUUCUUCAAAAUCACUUAUUGUUAAUGAUAUUAUCAAAGAUAAUAAUCUAGAUGUGCUGUGUUUGACAGAAACUUGGCUAAAACCGGACGAUUACAUUACUUUAAAUGAGUCUAGUCCUCAAGGUUAUGAUUAUCGACACAAUGCCCGUCAGAAAGGCAAAGGGGGAGGUGUUGCUGUAAUCUAUAGUAAUAUUUACAGUAUUAGUCAGAAGUCUUUCAAAUAUAAUUCCUUCGAAACUAUGGUACUUUACGUAACAUUAUGUAAGUUGACAUUUGUGCUGGCUACUGUAUACAGGCCACCAGGACACAAUACAGACUUUAUCAAAGAAUUUGCUGACUUUCUAUCAGAGUUAGUACUAGCUGCAGAUAAAGUCCUUGUUGUUGGUGAUUUUAAUAUUCAUGUAGAUAAUAAAAAAGACACAUUAGGAUUGGCAUUUGCAGAUAUUCUAAACUCUAUUGGUGUUAGACAACAUGUGUCAGGACCCACUCAUUGUCGUAAUCAUACUUUAGAUCUAAUAUUGUCACAUGGAAUCGAUAUUGAUGCUGUUGAAAUUCUGCAGCAGAGUGACGACAUCUCAGAUCAUUAUCUAGUCUCGUGUAUACUACAUUUAGUCAAGGCGGCUAAACUGCCUCCAUGCCAUAAAUAUGGUAGAACCAUCACUUCUACCACUAAAGAUUGCUUUAUAAAUAAUCUUCCUGAUCAUUUUCAUCGCCUUAGCAUACCAGACAGCUUAGAAGACCUCGAUGUUGCAACAGAAACUAUUGCCUCUGUCUUUUCCAGCACAUUAGACUCAGUUGCUCCUUUGCGUUUAAAAAAGAUUAAGGAAAUUAAUCCAAUGCCAUGGUACAAUGACCACACUCGGGCCCUAAAGCUAGCAGCCAGAAAAAUGGAGCGCAGCUGGAAGAAAUCAAAACUAGAAGUAUUUCGUAUUUCGUGGAGAGAGAGAAUGAUUGAGUACAGAAAGGCCUUAAAAUCUGCUAGAUCUGCCUAUUUUUCUAAACUCUUAGAAGAAAAUAAACACAACCCUAGGUAUUUAUUUGAUACAGUGGCUAAAUUAACAAGAAAUAAAGCUUCAACUUCUGAUGUUUCCAAAGAGCACAGCAGUAAUGACUUUAUGAACUUCUUUACUUGCAAGAUUGAUAAUAUUAGAGAAAAAAUAAUAACCAUGCAACCGUCUACUACAGUAUCGUGUCAGAUAGUGCAUUGUAGUGUCCCUGAGGAAAAAUUCAAUUCAUUUACUGCUUUAGGAGAGGAAGAAUUGUCUAAACUUGUUAAAUCAUCAAAAUCAACAACAUGUAUGUUAGACCCUAUACCGACUAAGCUAUUGAAAGAAAUGCUUCCAGAGGUCAUAGACCCUCUUCUCAAUAUCGUCAAUUCAUCUUUAUCAUUAGGAUACGUACCAAAAACUUUUAAGCUGGCUAUUAUUAAACCUCUUAUUAAAAAACCACAACUUGAUCCUAGAGAAUUAGUCAAUUACAGGCCGAUCUCAAAUCUCACUUUUCUGUCAAAAAUACUAGAAAAGGCAGUAUCAUCACAGCUAUGUUCCUUUUUAGAAAGAAAUGGUAUCUGUGAGGAUUUCCAGUCAGGAUUUAGACCGUACCAUAGUACUGAGACUGCUCUCAUUAGAGUUACUAAUGAUUUGCUCUUAUCAUCAGAUCGUGGUUGUAUCUCUCUAUUAGUGUUACUGGAUCUUAGUGCAGCAUUUGACACUAUUGAUCACAAUAUUCUUUUAAAUAGACUCGAAAAUUAUGUUGGCAUUAGUGGAAUUGCAUUGUCAUGGUUCAAAUCAUACUUAUCUGACCGUUAUCAGUUUGUAGUAGUAAACGAAGACAUGUCAUAUCGAUCACAAGUUCAAUAUGGAGUACCACAAGGCUCAGUACUAGGACCGUUACUGUUCACUCUGUACAUGCUACCCUUGGGAGAUAUCAUUAGGAAGCAUGGCGUUAGUUUUCACUGUUACGCUGAUGAUACUCAGCUCUAUAUUUCUUCGCGCCCUGGCGAAACUUACCAAUUCACAAAAUUAACGGAAUGCAUAGCUGAUAUAAAAAAUUGGAUGACCAGUAAUUUCCUACUACUAAAUUCAGAAAAAACAAAGAUUCUAAUUUUUGGACCAAAAACUUCUUCACGUAAUAACCUAGAAUAUUGUCUAACACUUGAUGGCUGCUCUGUUAAGUCUUCGUCGUCAGUUAGGAACCUGGGUGUGCUCUUUGAUACCAAUCUUUCAUUUGAAGGCCAUGUUACUAGCAUCUGUAAAACCGCAUUCUUCCAUCUUAAAAAUAUAUCUAAACUACGACAUAUGCUCUCAAUGAAAAAUGCAGAACAGUUAGUUCAUGCGUUCAUGACCUCAAGGCUAGAUUACUGUAACGCUCUACUGGGUGGUUGUUCUGCUCGCCUGAUAAAUAAACUACAGCUCGUACAAAAUGCAGCAGCUAGAGUUCUUACUAGAACCAGGAAGUAUGACCAUAUUAGCCCAGUUCUGUCAACACUGCAUUGGCUUCCUGUUAAACAUCGUAUAGAUUUUAAAAUCUUGCUAAUUACUUACAAAGCACUAAAUGGUUUAGCUCCCCAGUACCUGAGCGAGCUCCUAAUUCAUUAUAGUCCUUCACGUCUAUUGCGAUCUCAGAAUUCAGGCCAGCUGAUAAUACCUAGAAUAUCAAAAUCAACUGCAGGUGGUAGAUCCUUCUCCUAUUUGGCACCUAAACUCUGGAACAAUCUUCCUAGCAUUGUUCGGGAAGCAGACACACUCUGUCAGUUUAAAUCUAGACUAAAAACGCAUCUCUUUAACCUGGCAUACACAUAACACAUUACCAAUUUAUAUUUCCAAAUCCGUUAAAGGAUUAUUAGGCUGCAUAAAUUAGGUCAGCCGGAACCGGGAACACUUCCUAUAACACCUGAUGUACUCGUUACAUCAGAAGAAGAAUGGCAUCUACGCUAAUAUUAGUCUUUCUGUUUAUCCCGAGGUUCACCGUAGUCAACCGGAUCCGGGCCAUAUCCAGGUGAGACCAAGGACCUGCACCUUGACACGACCACAACGCAGCCCUGAAGUAUCAGCAGAGAUUGAGUCAACUAGAUCAUCCCCUGUGAAGGCCUCAUCGACACGACAGCCACGACACAGUUCCUCAACAACCGUCCAUACCGGCGUGAUGAAUACGAUCCUCAAUUGGAUGGAACUGAAAUAAAUACUUUUAAUGUUGCGAUCCUAUUGGACUUAUGAUAGCAACCUGAAUUGUAACAAAGCACUGUUGGCCAGAGGAGAACUGGCACCCCGACUAAGCCUGGUUUCUCCCAAGGUUUUUUUCUCCAUUUUAACACCAAUUUGCCACUUGUCUGCCACCUGAUGUCACCUGAUGGAGUUUGGGUUCCUUGCCGCUGUCGCCUCUGGCUUGCUUAGUUGGGGACACUUGACUUGACAUUUGAUAUUCAACAGUGCUUUUGAUCUGCCUGCAUUGACACUAUUCUUUAAGAGCUGCUGUGCAGCCAAACAAUGUACCAGUUAUCAAUGUAAAGCUGCUUUGACACAAUCUACAUUGUAAAAAGCGCUAUAUAAAUAAAGGUGACUUGACUUGA